AUGACAACACAAGGUGCGCGAGACUGUUCUUCUUCUCCUGAGGUGAUUUCAGAUCACUUUAUAUUUGACUGUUUUUUACGUUUCUAGUUGAAUUUUUUUUAAAGCACAAACUCUCGGAUUUCAGCUACAAAAUAGUUUUUUUUUUUAGACAUGGAAACCGGUUCGGAUUUUUAUUAUAUGCUACGGGCUUCUGGUCACGGUGAAGUUUGGCGUGAUUUCACUGAAGAAGAAAAAUUUCGACAACAUGGCUGGAGAUGUUCUACUAAUGAGGAAGCAUAUUCACCUGCUACCCUGAUUGGAAACUGGUCUGAAAAAAGAUUCGACACCAGUUUAACCAAAACAUCACGACGCCCCCUGCCGUCGCAGUUUUCUCAUUACUUUGACACUACGUACUCAUCCAGCUAUAACAAAGAAGAGAAACCGCCAAUUUACAGUUCUUUUAAGAAAGAACCCAGAAGCUUUCCAGGUCACCAGCCUGAGAUGGAUCCACCUCACACCAAGCGUGUGCCGAACUCCUGCUAUAAAUUGGACUUCAGUGGCCGUCACUCAUCUGGAAAUUCCUGAAAAGUUAUCGAUGAAAUGAAUAGUAGGGCAUGUGCGUCGCUUCUGAAAAAAAAACUC